AGCCACAAUGCGAACGGGUGCGGCAUGGUUGUUGGUUCCUUUUUGUUUGGGCUUUGCAGCCGUCAACUUCAGCUUUCUGAGUGCUGGUCCUCGAGAUCCUUCUCGACGUCCGGCCUCCUUGUUGGGGUUGAGGCGAGGUGCUCCUCAUUGGAGCUUUCUUGGCACAGCCCGCAUGGGCAGCUUCUUUGGAGGCAGCUUCCUUCUUCGUGACGGGUCCUUCGGAUAUUUGUCACCCGUGAAGCGGGACCUUUUGGCAUUGGCCGAUGAAACCAGACGGGGCACAACAGCUUCGGCUGCUCAACGCAGGAGGAUGAGCCAACUGGCGGACGACCUGAGCUCCACGGCCAGCAUCUCCACAAAGAGUAUGCUCUCAGGUACCUGGAACCUGGUCUACACCACUGAAAAGGAGGUGCUGUCCUUGAUUGGCGACCCAGGAGCAGCUGUCUAUCAGAAGAUUGACGUUGACGGGGGCACUUUGGGAAACAGCAUUGAAUUUGGUGGUGGAAAGCGGUUCGACGUCCAAGGGGUCAUCGAGAGCCAAGCACAGUCAGGUUCAAACCAGGAGGCACCCUAUGGGCUCCGCAGUGACUUCACCUUCACUGGAGCGGCCCUCCAGCUGCCACCAGUGACGCUGCCGCUGCCGCCAUUUGGUGCUGGCUGGUUUGUCAGUACCUACCUAGAUGAGGGUCUGCGGGUGAACCGCGAUUCCCGCGGGGACUUGGCCAUCUACGUCCGAGCUCCGUAAAACGGCAAAAGUUCUGGAGACUGGUGAGAG